AUGCCACUGUUUAGUUUUACUUCUCUUAAGAGAGAAACAUUAUUUUUAAGAAUUGGUAAAGAGUUGGUCGUUUUGCUGGCGAUAAGUGGUGCUGAAAGGGGUGAUACUGGAGAAAUGGGGACGACGAUUGUUGGUUGCCGAUUUUGGCAUUUCCAAAUGGUUUUCCGCGAUAGUUUCACCGUUGGUGGGUGGAUCCGGUGGGGAAAAGUGGAUUUUGGGUUUGGGUUGGCCGAAUCCGGUGAGGGACGGAUGAUUCCGGCAAAAAAUUUGCCGGAAAACUUAAAAUCUAUUUGCGUCAACUUAACCCACAAUGAUUACAUCAAAACUUUUUUUGAUGUUGCCCGUUGUGUUGAACUUAAAGAUGAGCGGCUUGGUGCUGCUAAAGCUUUUUUUAAUGCCUUUAUGGCAGAAUCAAGUGGGGCUAUACAGACUAAAAGCUUCUUUUCUUGGUAUUCGUAUAUUCCAACAGGAAAUCUUCCUAUAUCUCUUGUAUUUGUCUCUGUGUUUCUAGUGUUAUUUCCCCAAAUUGUCCUUUUGUGUUUCAAAUUUUGGGGUCUUCAUUUUAACUAUUCUUCCCUUUUAUACCGUAUACUUCUUCUCUCUUAUUUGAAUCAAGAUCAAGAUCACAAAGGUUGUUCUAUCAACGUUUGGUGGAUUCUCUUUCCUGUCGUUGCUUCAGCUGUUUCUACAUUUGUGAUGGUAAAUUGGCAAUGCACUCUUCGGCCUGCAACAUUAAGCAGUCACUCAACUAUGCAAGCAGUCACUCAACUAUGUAUCAAUUCAAAAUUACCAAGAAUCACUCUGGCUGCUGCGACUAUACCUCCGAGAAGGCUAUCUAUUCAAUCUAAGUGUCAUCCCUGCCUCCAGAGCUGUAGGCACUAUAACUCCUAUUUUUGAGGCUAGAGCAAUGAGAUUCGUGAUCAACCAGGGAAAAAUUAAUACACCACAUUCAGCCUUUUGAAAAUCAUCAAAUGGAAGGGAGGUCAAUCAUCUAUUCUCUGUAUUCUAUUGUUAAAGCACGGAUGCAACUUUGCUGCCAACAACUAUAUGAAUUCACAUUUUAGCUUUGAUACUUUUGUAGCAACAAAUGUUGCAUGAAUAUAAUACUUUUAGAAUAUAUACAAUUGACAAUUUAAUCUUUUGUUCCACAUAAUAUGAAGCAUAACGUUACUGCUUUCUUUACCA